CACACACACACACACACACAGACGCUCACCACCAUCCAGUGCCACAUGCUCAUCGGUGCAGAGAGUGAACCACCACUACUGUCUACUGCUACUGUGCAGGGAACCAUAGCUCAGGAAUACAAGCAACCACAAAACUGAACCCAUAAAGAAGACAGGUAUGUGUGUUUUGUCUGUCUGCUUCAUUUACCUGUGGUGUUUGUGAAUGUUUUUGUGAGUUAAGUGAGAUUUAGUGGAAAAUAAAUGCUUUGAUUUAUAUACUGGCAAAUGUAUAAUUGCAGUUACUGCAGGCUAUAAAUGUAUUAUGUUGUUACUGACAGACAGAAUAAUGUUGAUGUGUAUGGCUGUGCUAUAAUCCAAUCUGCCCCUAACUCAAUGAAGAAGUGGUUAUCAUGCGACUGUGAAUGUGAAUGUUACCAUUCUGAAGUCCAGUUGACCUAUAUGGACACCCUGAUGAUGCAGUCUCUGUCAUCUAUGUGUGUGCAUGCAUAUUUUGUUCAUGCGUAUUUUGUCUGUGUGUGUGUGCCUGCCUGCCUGUGUUCAUGUGUGCGUGUGUGUCUGUGAAUAUGUGCAUGUGUGACAUUUUUGUCCACUGUGUAUUAUUAAGGCUGCAGCUGUGCAUGUGGAAAAAUAUGGACACACAUUCCUCUCUCUCCAACACAGAUGUGUGUCUGCAACUUAGAGCAACAAAUGGCAGGAGGGCAAACUCAUGCCUCAAUUCCUCUGCUGUAUUAAGGUAUUAAGAUGUUAAUGAAGCGGGGAAAGUUAGUCGCUGUCUCACAUCGUGACGUCACCUAGUCAACUGACUCUCCAGGGGUGACAAGUUACAGUAGCUUCUUGCUCUAGAUGUUUCUAUGGCUCAGAGUGUUUCGAAUUGUUGAGAAAAAGCUCUGACGAAGGCCUUGAGGCCGAUGAGUAAAGCUUAUUAAAAAUAAGUGAUACUAGCAAGAGCAGUGUGCGGGUUUCUUCUUUUUUCUCAUGGAGUUGUUGUGAUCGAAUCCUGUGUUUCGGAUCCUGUGAUGGAAUUAUCCAAGUAGCUGUGUCCAUGGCUGUGGUGUGGGUCGGGUCUGGUCCUUGCACUGGUUCUUUGUAUUUGUAUAUAGAUAAGUAAUAUAUAACAAUUAUUAUCACUAUCCCCAGAUUGUCUUACAGUAUCUCCAUGGCUGUACUACGGUCGGUGCUGUCCCUUGCCCUCACUCUAGCCCUGGGCCUGAUGCUGAGUGUCUGCAGGCCUGUUUGUGGCACCCCAGUGGCAUCCCAGGACCUGGACUAUGGAGGGGUUCCUCUAUGGAUCAACCGUCUUCUGGGGGAACCCUCUGUAUUCAGCCUGAGGGGCCGCAUGAACCGUGCAUGGUACAAAUAAAACAUUGAUACAUUCAUUUAUAAAUGAAAUGCACUUGCACAUCUGAAAGUUGCUUUAGCUGGUGCGUCGGGAUUGGGUAAUGUUCAAACGUCAUUCAAAGGAAAGUUCACACACUUUGCGCUUGCAAAGUGUCACAUUUAUUUCUUACUUUAUUUACAUUUGUAAUAUCUGAGUAAAGACAUAUUUAUGUGUGUGUGAUCCAGGUUUAGAGCCAACAACCCCCAGUCCUGCCCUGACCUGUGUGACUGUCCUAUCCAGUGGCCCUCAGCUCUAUACUGUGACCACAGAGACCUGGGAGAGCUGCCGGACAGCAUGCUUUACAAUACACAGUACCUGUUCCUGCAGGUAAUACACACAUCACAUGCAUGCACAUUCACACACACACACAUACACACACACACACACACACACAAAGGGGUCUGAGACACCUGCCUGACAGACUGCCAGGUACCACAUGGUUCCUAUACAGAUGUAGGAUCUUAAUUUGGGCCAAUAAUCCUGCAUCAACAGAAAAUGUGAAUUAUUAUGUGGAUUAUAAGUAAUGGACAUUUUAAAGUGGAAAUUACAAACUUUAGAAACCUUUUUAAACCUUGAAUACACUGCUGUGCAGGAACAUUUUCAGCAAAAAAAUUAAGAUCCUACAUCUGUGGUAACACACAUGUGUGUGUGUUUUCCCAGGGCAACAACAUCUCGUCCCUGCCCUCCUCCUCUCUCACCAACUCCUCAGGGCUCCGCUGGCUCAUCAUGGAUGAUAACCGUCUACAGACGGACGGGCUGCAGACCUCCACGCUGCAGAACCUGACCCGGCUCCAAUACCUGUUCCUUAACCACAACAAGCUGACAGCCGUGCCCUCCGGCCUGCCCAGCAGCCUGCGGCAGCUCCGACUGGCACACAACCUCAUCACCAGCAUCUCCCCGGGAACCUUUGGGAAUUUACAUAAUCUUACAUUGCUGCUACUGCAGGGGAAUAGGCUGAACGUGAUUACAGAGACUGACUUCACAGGUAAGUGUCUUCGCUCUGCUUCUUUUCUGAGUGAUUAUAUUUUAUGUCAAAACAUCAUUUCUGACAUAUGUUAAAAAUAACAGCCUCAAAGGUAACAGCUCUGAACAUGCUUGUUCUGGUAGCCUCUCUCCCUUCCUCCCUCCCUCUCUCCCUCUCUUCCUCUCCCUCCCCCUCUCCCUCUCCCUCCUUCCCCGCCAGGCCUAGUGUCUCUUAACCUGUUGGACCUGAGCGGGAACCUCUUCUCCUCCUUCCCCUCUCACCUCCCUCCAUCCAUCCAGCAGCUCUACCUCUCCAACAACUCUCUGUCUGCCCUGGGGGAGGAAAGUUUAUGGGGCUUCACUAAUCUCAGGUAACACACACACGGACAGAUGCACGCAUGCACACACACACACACACACACACACACACAGGUAAAUUAUUUCAGUCUGAUAUGCAUCACAUUCACACAUCUCUGAUAUUAUCACAAAAUGUAGCUUUAAUGUAAAUGUAAUGUUCUGUGUGUGUGUGUGUGUGUGUGUGUGUGUGUGUGUGUGUGUGUGUGUGUGUGUGCGUGCGUGCGUGCGUGCGUGCAUACGUGUGUGAGUGAGUGUGUAGGUACCUGCGUCUGAGCCACUGUGGUCUAGUGAGCCCUUCCCUCCACCCCCAGUCCUUCAACCUAUCUUCCCUUGUAGAGCUGGAUCUCUCUUACAACAAGCUGACAACCAUCCCCCUGGUCCCCCUCACAUUACAGUACCUAUACUUGGAGGCCAACCACAUACAAGGUAAGACUAUACAUACACUCCCACACACACACACGUGCACACACACACACACACACAGACACUCCCGCAUACGAACACACACACACACACACACACACAGAGACUAACAUCUGUGAGGGGUUGACCAGGGGAUUAUGAUCCAGCCAGGUACCCCGUGAAACAAGUUAGUAUUCGACGUCCGUCCAUGUCGAAGGACGUCGGGAGAUGAUGUAGAAACCGGCCACUAGGGGUGUAAGCAUCUGCCUCUGGUGUUCGAAUCCAGCAAUUGAAAGUUGUUUUUGAGAUUUUUGUUUUAAGCCUAUCACAAACCUUAACCCUUACCUUAACCAUUCAGAGUUAAUGCCUAAACGUAUCCCUAACCUUAAUAUUGUUGAGUUAAUGCCUAAACUUAACCUUAAACACUUAAAAAUUUGACGUUUGGAACUAACUGCGAAAUUUGACGUUCGACAAACAUGGAUGAACGUCUAAUUCUGACAUGAGACUGUGAGAGCUAGUUGGUAAGAUCAGCCAAAUAUCAUGCUCUUUCCAUCUUUCUCUGAGAAAAGCAAUCCUGGUGUUUUGCCUCCAAAUAUUUUCAAAUGACGAAGCUGAUCGAAUUAUGAACUCCUGAAUGCGUCUCUUGGACUGCAAAUCAGCACAUGGAGAGUGGAUGUAAUUUCCUGCCUCAACUUCAAUAACAAACCUGUGAAUCUCACAAUUGGCCACUCGUUCGCUCAGCCGUGUCUCCUUGACAAACACUGUUAGGAUUCCUGGAUUCCUGUUCUGGCUGGGAUGUUUGGGCUACAGAGGGAGAGGGACAGAGGGGAGAGAAUGACAAGAGAGAAAAACAGAGGUGGAGAUACAGUGCCUUCAGGAAGUAUUCACACCCCUUGACUUUUUUCAUGUUUUGUUGUGUGAAUUUAAAAUGGAUUACGUUUAGAUUUAGUGUCACUGGAGUACACAAUACCCUCUAAUCUCAAUGUGGAAUUAUGUUUUUAGACAUUUUAGAAAUUAAUAAAAAACAGAAAGCUGAAAUGUCUUGAGUCAAUAAGUAUUCAAGCCCUUUGUUAUGGCGAGUACAAAUUUGUUUAACAAGUCAGAUAAUAAUUUGCAUGAACUAACUCUGUGUGCAAUAAUGGUGUUUAACAUGAUUUUUCAAUGACUACACCUAUCUCUGUACCCCACACAUACAAUUAUCUGUAAGGUCCUUCAGUCAAGCAGUGAAGCACAGAUUCAACAACAAAGAACAGGGAGGUUUUCCAAUGCCUUGCAAAGAAUGGCACCUAUUGGUAGAUGGGUAAAACAUUUAAAAAACAGAGAGUAGGGAGGUUCCCAUUGACCCAGGUUUAUUAGACAAAAGCAACGUCUCAAAACAUCUUUGAAACAAGUGUAAUGGAGACGGCAGAUAUAGGAGACAUUUUCUAAAGAUCAACAAAAAAAAAUCUUUUGGAAAACGUUAUUUAUUGUGACAAAUUAUGAUGGAAACUGUGUUUUUCGAAUAAAUGAUUAAUGCCGAAUAAUUUUGAAGGUACGCGCGGCACGUGAUGUCAACACAAGCUCCACUCUAAAUGUAAUUCUAAAUGCCUGCUAAAUCAAUUUUUAAACUAUAAAAAUAAUGCUUCUUUGCAGGAUCCUUGUCCUGACUUUCAAGAAUGGCUGAAUUGCUUCGAAUUGCUUUUCUGGUUGGCUGGAUGCAAGUUUCACCAUCCAAUUAUUUACCGUGCAAGUUUCACCAUGGCACAGACCGUGGCGAUAUGUUGGCACAUGAUAAUUAUUCGAAUAUUGCAUACUAGUCUAUUCUUGCAUUCUUUCCAUGCUGGCUUUCACGGGCUACCUGAGUCAUGAAACAAAUAGGUGGAAUGGCAUACAGGCUGUCGCCAAUUUAUUAAUGCGCAAUUUGCCUAAAUGGGUAGUGGAAACACUACAGUUUUAUUCAACGUCAUUACGUCCAGCUGUGACGUCAUUAUGUCCAGCUGUUUUUAUCGACACAAGAUAGUUAAAUGGAAAUGCACCUUAGCAGGCAUUUGUCACAUCUAUUUUCUAUGCAAACUUUCUAAAUGUUGACAAAAAAUCACAGGACAAGUUAAUGGAAACAUACUGUAUCUACUGAAUAUCCCUUUGAUCAUGGUGAAGUUAUUAUUACACUUUGGAUGGUGUAUCAAUACAAGCAGUCACUCCAAAGAUACCGGCAUCCUUCCUAACUCAGUUGACGGAGAGGAAGGAAACCACUCAGGGAUUUCACCAUGAGGCCAAUGGAGAUUUUAAACCAGUUAGAGUUAAAUGGCUGUGAUAGGAGAACACUGAGGAUAGAUCAACAACAUUGUAGUUACUCCACCACACUAACCUAAAUGACAGUGAAAAGAAGGAAUGCUUGUCAUUGGCAAGGACUAUGGAGUUUUUUUUAGGAUACAAAUAAAAGGAAUAGAGCUAAGCACAGGCAAAGUUCUAGAGGAAAACCUGGUUCAGUAUGCUUUCCAACAGACACUGGGAGACAAAGUCACCUUUCAGCAGGACAAUAACCUAAAAAGCAAGGCCAAAUAUACACUGGAGAUACUUACCAAGAUGACAUUGAAUGUUCCUGUGUGUCCUAGUUACAGUUUUGACUUAAAUCGGCUUGAAAAUCUAUGGCAAGACUUGAAAAUGUCUGUCUAGCACCCAUCAACAACCAACUUGACAGAGCUUGAAGAUUUUAAAAAAGAAUAAUGGGCAAACAUUGUACGAUCCAGGUUUGCAAACCUCUUAGAGACUUACCCAGAAAGACAGCUGCCAAAGGUGAUUCUAACAUGUAUUGAUUUAAUAAAAUAAAAUGUUAGCAUUUUUCUUCAACUUUGAUAUUACAGAGUAUUUUGUGUAGAUCGUUGACAAAAAAUGGCAAUUAAAUCAAUUUUAAUACCACUUUGUAAUACAACAAAAUGUGGUAAAAGUCAAGGGGUGUGAAUACUUUCCGUAGGCAUUGUAGAUAAACAGACAGAGAGGCAGGGGUACAGAAAUAAAGAGAGAGAGAGAAAGCAAGAGAAAAGUGUGAGCUUUUUUUCCGCAAGGCUCUCCAGGAGACAUGAGUCAGCACUAUAACCUGGUAUGUGUGUCUGGUCUGGUCUGACAGAGUUAAACACAAGACAUUCACUGAGAGAAAAACACUCACCUCACUGUCUAGCAUCCCAACAGCUAGCUAACGUUGUCUACCCUCUGCCAAACUUACCCUUCUGCCAAUAGCUAUAGGCAGGAACAGGAGGUAGAGAGGAGAUUAUGUUUUCUCUCCUCCUCUUUUUUAAGAUAGCUGUAGCUGCUUUUUGGAUUUGGCUACUACUGUAGCAUGUUGUGGUUUCUGCUCCUAAUAGAAUAGGCUACUGAAGCUGUGCCCAGCUUCUGUUCAGGCAAGUCAUUUCAGGAACAAUGAUGGCAGUACACUCAAAAUACUGUGACAACUCUCAAUUGGAGGAAAUGGGUUUAAGUUAUGUUCACUCAUGGUAAAAAUAUACUUUGUGAAGUCAGAGUAUAUGAGUGGGAAUGUCAUUGCUGUGUAUAGGGCUGGAGUGCAUGUAAUAACCAUACUGUCCUCUGUUCUCUUUGUCCUCUCUAUCCUUUCUAUCCUCUCUGUCCUCCCUCUGCUCUCUGUCCUCUGCAGAGUUUAACGUCUCUAGUUUCUGUCGGGAGGUGGGUCCUCUGUCCUACUCCAGGAUGAGGAUCCUUCGUCUGGACGGCAACAAGAUGUCCUACCAUCUCCUACCACCUGAAUGGGUCUACUGCCUCCGAGUCCUGCACCACAUAUACAUCUAACCCUGACUUUGGACCUCUAACCCCCUGACCCUGCCACAACCCUGCUUUGAAGCUUACCUCAGCAAGAUUCUGGAAAGAUUCUGUCAAGAUUCCACAGGUCCGAACAUUCAGAAAUGAACACACACCCAUGCACACAAGUACGUCACUCAAACGCACAUCCCUCAAACACACAUCACUCAUGCACACUCGGACGCACGUUUGGACACGACACAAACGUAAGCACAUGCUCACAUGGUCUCAGAACAGGUCUUCUAGACUCAAUACAAUAUAUUUUUUAUAGUCUCCCUGUAUCUACUUCAUACUGUAACACAUAGUCUGAUCAGUGUUUGAAGCAGGUAUUCAUUAAAAUCAUCCAUCAACAUCACCCACCAAGGCUUGUUAAUCUAUCACAGUACUGUAGAGUCAGCUUGGAGUUGAAUUGAUCCAACACACACGUAUAAAUGCGCACAUUAUAUACGUUUUAUUAUUGUAAAGUUUUACAAUAUCUACUAUGUAUUGCUAAGGUCAAAUUAUGUGCUGUAUUGGAUGUAUGACUGUAAUUUAUUGUUUUUGCAUAUGAACAGAACAAUAAAAUAUACACCAUUAUCAA